AUGCCUCAUCAACCGGUCGCCUGUGAGAACUUCGAGGAGCAGCAUCACAAGUCUCAAGUCAAACUUUCAGGACGACCUGGAAAGGUGUGCAAUCUCGCUCUUGUGCGACCUCCUCUGACAUGUCUUGCUCGCUCUAGACAGCUUGAAGAGCUAUAUAAAGAACAGGCCGAGCAUGCGAAACGACACUAUUACAACGAUGGGCUUCAAUGGCCGACGAUGCAUUACCCGCUUUCAGUGCCAGCUUUCACUCCCAACGUUUCCAUUGGAAUAAUCGGACAGCAUUUGGUUGGGUCCAAAGUCCUUCAAGAGAUUUUAGGGCAGGAGCGAGAACGAGCGAGAGAAGAGUUUAAUCUGAACUUGCAAGUCUUGGCUGUUGCAGAGCAUGGCAAGGGCUCUGGCAAAAUGUUGUUAUCGGACGAGGACAUGUCUCUUGAGUUUAUCAAUGAAUCAUGGGACAAGAGCUCUCAACGAUACGACGCUGAUCGCUUCAUGAAGCAUGUCUCCACGUCUGGAAGGCCGCACAAAGUCAUGCUGGAGUGUUCUGGAACUCCACAGGAGAAGGGACUGUGGGAUCAGAUCUGCAUGAAUUUUGAGACAUGGCUCUUCAAUGACAUGCAUGUGGUAACAGCUGACCAGUACGAUACCAACGUGUCACAGCACAUUCUUGCAACCGUUAUGACGGAUAUGGAGAAUUUCGAAGGCAUUGAUGAUUUGUGGGAAGAAGAGGAACGUCGGUUGGGCCCUCCAACUGAACCCUUUCAGGAAGGACGGAUGGAAGGAGAGUAUUACAACUAUCUCAAAGGAAACAUGAAUAUCUCUAGGGAAGAAAUCCUCAAGGAGCAUAUCAGAGUCUUUGGAGUCGAUCCCUAUGAAGCGGCAAAGGUGAAGCAGAGCAGAGAGAGGAGCGUUGAGAAUCAGAAGCGAUUGCAAACCGAAGAACGACGUAAGGGUGGUCGCAUCAAGUCAGAUUCUAGGGGCAGAGGAGGAAGACGAGGGAAAUCCAAUGAUCAGCGCAGAAAGAGUACGUAA